AUGAUCCAUGAUUUUCCAACGUCUCCUAAUGUGUCUGGAAACCCAGCCAGUUCCUUCACGUAUCUAAAGAAAAAUAACAUCUGCCGAAUCGUACAGGUUUUACAUGAGGCUGGGUUCUUCAAAAAGAAGGGCACACUGCAGAGCAUUGAGAAACACAACAGAAGCAGCAAUGAUUUGCCAGGAAAACACUAUUCACUGUGGCAGCUGGGCUUUUGUAGUCGGUGGAUUACUUUACCUCUUGCGGCAAAUGACCACAUACACGCCAUACGGACGUUACGUGGAUACAAAAUCUCCUGGGAUUAUGGUCCCAGCCAGGGCAGGCUGGUUUAUUCAGGAGCUUCCUUCAUUCCUUGUUCCUGUGCUGUUGUUUUUAACAACAGAAAGUUUGCCAGGGAUAGGAAGACAUUUACUGCUCUGGACCUUUUGCUUGCACUACUUUCAGAGGACCUUUGUGUACUCCUUACUGACCAAAGGCAGACCGUCUCCUCUCCACAUUGUGGUGUGUUGAUGUUUUUCUCUGGAAUGGCCAUCAACAUCCACAGCGACUAUAUUUUACGAAACCUGAGGAAACCAGGAGAGGUCAGCUAUAAAAUCCCUAGAGGAGGAAUGUUUGAGUUGGUCUCUGGCGCAAACUUCUUUGGGGAGAUCAUUGAAUGGUGUGGAUACGCUGUGGCCAGCUGGUCCUUUCCUGCUUUCUCAUUUGCUCUGUUCACCAUCUGCUCCAUUGGGCCACGAGCCUACCACCAUCACAGGUAUUACUUGGAGAAAUUUAAAGAUUACCCCAAAUCAAGAAAGGCUGUGAUCCCUUUUCUGCUAUAACAAAGUCAGCAGCAACACAAAAUCUUAAAAGGGAAAAUCAAAGUUUCCAGCUCAUGAAAACAAGUUGAAGCCCUGAGCUAAAUAAGAACUGCAAGUGCUGAUGUUAACACAUGUCCUGCUCACACACAAAUAUCACACAAAGGGGACAUUACUGAAGUUUUGUAUUUAUUUUUUUAAAUACACCAUUAAAAACCUAUGUUUACAUCUGUA